AAUCAUUUCAGUUUAUCAAGUUUGACGUUCGAUAGCCAUCUUCCUCCUUCGUGAGCAUUCGCGUGGUACAGUAGUACUUUCUGUGUUUUAGCGACAAAUAUUAUUAAUUAAUUAUUUAUUUUGUGUUGCACAAGUAAUACAAAAUGCCGAAGAAUAAGGGAAAGGGAGGAAAAAAUAGGAGAAGGGGUAAGAAUGAAAAUGAAACAGAAAAAAGAGAGCUGGUGUUCAAAGAAGAUGGACAAGAAUACGCUCAAGUAACAAAAAUGCUCGGAAAUGGUAGACUCGAGGCUAUGUGUUUUGAUGGGGUAAAACGAUUGUGUCAUAUUCGAGGUAAAUUACGUAAAAAAGUUUGGAUAAAUCAGGGUGAUAUUAUAUUGAUUGGACUUAGAGAUUAUCAAGAUGCUAAAGCUGAUGUCAUCUUGAAAUAUACCGCAGAUGAAGCGAGAAAUCUUAAAACUUAUGGAGAAUUCCCAGAAACUGUUCGUAUUAACGAUACCGUCACGUUUGUGGAAGAUGGAUUUGAUGAAGACAUUGAAUUUGGUGAUGAAGUAACUGAUUCGGACGAUGACGACGUAGAGAAUAUCUGAUGAGUCAUAGUGGAAUAGCAAGAAAAAUGGUAGGAAGUAAAAUUUGAAAAACAAGAUAAGAUCCGAUGAACUUUCAACAAUUUAAUCAGAUAAAAAAUUGAAAAAUUAAUUAUAUUAAAUGAAUAAAAGGAAGCAAGUGACUCUUAAACUUCCACGUGUAUAAGUAAUUGUAUCUAUAAAAUAAACUAUCAUUUUUUUUUGUUUGUUUUUUCAUAAA